CUGAGGGCGGUUGUUCGUUUGUACGGGUCGCGUAUCUCAGCGAUUUAUUGUGGGAUAAUUAUUAUUUCCGACUCUACCAGGGUUUAACCGCGGGCGUAGCACCAUGGCGGACGAGGAGAAUAAUUGUGAUGACGGUGUUGUUGAUCUUAAAGGGGGUAUGCGGUUGCGAGGCCGUAAGGGAGCUCUCAAGAAGAAGAACGUUUACCUGGUGAAAGACCACAAGUUUAUGCCGAGGUUCUUCAAGCAGCCUACCUUCUGUUCUCACUGCAAGGACUUUAUAUGGGGCUUCGGAAAACAAGGCUUCCAGUGCCAAGUAUGCAGCUUCGUGGUGCACAAGCGAUGCCACGAGUACGUCACGUUCACCUGUCCCGGCGCGGACAAGGGCGCCGACUCCGACGACACUCGUACUCGUCACAACUUCAAAAACUACACAUAUUCCUCGCCGACCUUCUGCGACCACUGCGGUUCUCUCCUCUACGGACUAAUCCACCAGGGCCUCAAAUGUCAAGCAUGCGACAUGAACGUGCACAAACGCUGCGAGGAGUCUGUACCCAACCUGUGCGGCUGCGACCACACCGAGCGACGCGGCCGCAUCCAGCUCGCAGUCUCCUGCCAUGGCAACAAGCUCACCGUGGAAGUAAAACAAGGCCGCAACUUGAUCCCCAUGGAUCCUAACGGGCUGUCCGAUCCCUACGUGAAGCUGAAGCUGAUUCCGGACUCGGACAACGUGAAGAAAAAAACCAAGACCAUUCGUAGCUGUCUCAACCCCGAAUGGAAUGAGACCCUUACCUUCGAGCUCAAGCCUGAGGAUAAAGACCGGAGACUCCUUAUUGAGGUUUGGGAUUGGGAUCGCACAUCCCGUAAUGAUUUCAUGGGUUCUCUUUCUUUCGGCAUCUCCGAAGUUAUGAAAGCGCCGGCCGACGGGUGGUUCAAGCUCCUCACGCAAGAGGAAGGCGACUUCUACAAUGUGCCAGUACCCGAGGAAGGUGCGGACUUGGCUCAGCUAAAGAACCAGAUGAAGGCGACCAGCUUGGGAGCGCGACGACCACCCCCUCCACCGGAUAGAGAGGUGCCUCAUAAUAUGGCAGCAGCUGAUGUUAUCCGAGCGUCCGAUUUCAACUUUGUCAUGGUGCUGGGGAAAGGAUCUUUCGGAAAGGUAAUGCUGGCAGAACGUCGCGGCACGGACGAGUUGUACGCCAUCAAGAUCCUGAAGAAGGACAUUAUCAUACAGGACGACGAUGUUGAGUGCACUAUGGUUGAGAAACGAGUGCUUGCACUCAGCACCAAACCACCCUUCCUUGUGCAACUGCACUCUUGUUUCCAGACCAUGGAUCGGCUGUACUUCGUUAUGGAGUACGUCAACGGCGGUGAUCUGAUGUUCCAAAUCCAGCAGUGCGGUAAAUUCAAGGAACCGGUCGCAGUUUUCUACGCCUCCGAGAUAGCGAUCGGCUUGUUCUUCUUACAUUCCCGCGGUAUUAUCUACCGCGACUUGAAGCUUGACAACGUGCUUUUAGACCAGGAUGGGCACAUUAAAAUUGCUGAUUUCGGAAUGUGCAAAGAAGGAAUUACCGGUGAUAAAACUACCAAGACCUUUUGCGGUACACCUGACUACAUCGCUCCGGAAAUUAUCUUGUAUCAGCCUUAUGGGAAGUCUGUUGAUUGGUGGGCAUACGGUGUGCUGUUGUAUGAAAUGCUUGUGGGACAGCCACCGUUUGAUGGAGAAGACGAAGAGGAACUGUUUGCUGCUAUUACGGAUAAUAGCGUCUCGUAUCCGAAGACUCUUAGCAAGGAAGCUAAGGAUGCCUGCAAGUCUUUCCUUACAAAGAACCCUCAAAAACGUCUCGGUUGUGGUCUCCGCGGUGAAGAGGACGUUCGCACCCACGUUUUCUUCCGUCGCAUUGACUGGACGCGGGUUGAAGCGAGGGAUGUUCAACCACCCUUCAAACCUAAAAUUAAACAUCGUAAAGACGUGUCCAACUUCGACAAGCAGUUCACCCAGGAGAAGACGGAACUCACGCCAACUGAUAAGCUGUUCAUGAUGAACCUCGACCAGACAGAGUUCAUGGGCUUCUCAUUCCUCAACCCGGAAUACGUGCAACACGUGUGAACUGACAGGUGCACCUUUCUGCAUCACUUGAAGCUAACUCUGCGCUGUCGUAAUGGUGGCCUCUGAAACUCAUCUGUCGACUGUCUCUGUCACUCUUACGGCAACGUCGUUUCGCUGUCUCGCUCAUCGUUUUACAUCGUUUCAGACAUUUCAAAUUCUUGACUUGUUUCUCGAAGAGUUGAGGAGUUUCUUUAUUCCAUGGGAUUUGGGAGGUUUGUUUGCUCAUAUCCAUGUAAUUGUACGUAGAUAUUAAUUUAACCAGAGUAUUAAUCAAGUAUUUUUUCCAUCCAUCCAAUGCGACAUGACUUUGUUGUGUAGUCUAUUAUUUCGAGAAUGCAAUAAAAAAUUUAUAUCUCAAUGAAUUUUCCAAAGCAAUA